UGUGGGAUCGUGAGGGUGAGCGCCUCUGGUAAUGGCGGCUGCGCGGAGCCGCGGCUUGGCCUUGGCGGCCGCUCUCCGCAAGGCCCGCUUCCCUCUGCCUCCGUCGCCCUCGGCCGCGCUCUGGAAAGGCCUCGGGGCCGGCGCUGAGCCGCCAUUGGGAGCCUGGCCUGGACUCCCCGCCAGGCGCCUCCUCUCCUCAAGGAAUCGUCCCGAAGGCAAAGUGCUGGAGACGGUGGGCGUCUUUGAAGCGCCAAAGCAGCAGGGCAAAUACGAGACUGGACAGUUGUUUCUGCACAGCGUCUUCGGAUACCGGGGGAUUGUCCUCUUUCCUUGGCAAGCAAGGCUUUAUGACCGAGACGUCGCUUCUCCAGUCCCCGAAAAAGGGGAGAACGGAGCCGGCCACGGAUCCAAAGAAGUCAAAGGGAAGACGCACACCUACUACCAGGUCCUAAUAGACGCCCGCGACUGCCCUCAUAUAUCCCAGAGAUCGCAGACGGAAGCCGUGACUUUCUUAGCCAACCACGACGACAGCCGGGCCCUCUACGCCAUCCCAGGCCUCGACUACGUCAGCCAUGAGGACAUCCUUCCCUAUUCGUCCACUGACCAGCUCCCCAUCCAGCAUGAACUCUUUGAACGGUUCCUCCUGUAUGACCAGGCAAAAACGCCCCCCUUUGUGGCGAGGGACACCUUGUGCGCCUGGCAGGAGAAGAACCAUCCCUGGCUAGAGCUCUCCGACGUUCACCGGGAGACCACCGAAAACAUCCGGGUCACCGUCAUCCCCUUCUACAUGGGCAUGCGGGAAGCCCAGAACUCCCAUGUGUAUUGGUGGCGCUACUGCAUUCGCCUGGAGAACCUGGACAACGAAGUGGUGCAGCUCCGGGAGCGGCACUGGCGCAUCUUCAGCCUGUCGGGCACUUUGGAGACCGUCCGUGGCCGGGGCGUCGUGGGCAGGGAGCCCGUCUUAUCCAAAGAGCAGCCGGCCUUCCAGUAUAGCAGCCACGUCUCUUUGCAGGCCUCCAGCGGACACAUGUGGGGCACUUUCCGCUUCGAGCGUCCGGACGGCUCCCACUUUGACGUCCGGAUCCCUCCCUUCUCCUUGGAAAGCAAUAAGGACGAGAAGACCCCUCCUUCUGGCCUGCAUUGGUAGAGCGCCUUCAUCAACCCCCCAUUCCCCCCAAUUUUGGACUGCUUUGCUUCCCCCUUUCCUUCCCUCAAAGCGAACCCCUUAACAGUCAAAAACUGCAAAAUGGGUUUCGAUUAAAAGCACUAAUAGCGCUGGGUUUGAGGGAAGGCAGCCAAUAUUUCCAUUUGAUCUGAAAGUCAGGCAGUUUGGAAAAAGGGAGAUCUAGUUUUGGGGGGAUUUGGGGGUUCAUGCACUUGGGGAUGGCUCCAUCUUUGCUUUAUAGGCCCGUGUGGUUAGAAAUAAUAAUUUGGCCCGUAUCUCAAUACUAUGGGGUCCUGGGAGUUUUAGUUUGGUGAACUCUAACUCUCACAACCCCCCCCCCCACAGCACACAAACUGGGUUAAUUGUCCUGUGUAGAUGCCUCUGUCCCACAUUGUUGACCAAUAUGAGUGACCCCAAAAGGAUUAUAAAGACCUCUUUUGCUCCUGUUUCCUUUCUUUGGGGCUGGGAAUCCGGAAGGUAUUAUUAUUAUUAUAAGUGAUGACUUUGGGAGUUUUUUGGGGACUUCUCCCAGCUUGUGCUUCCAGGGGCCGGCCUUGCCAUGUAAAUACCUGUAAAGAACGUUCAAAAACAAUAAUAAUAAAAGGAAAAUAAAAUCAA